GUCAGCAGUGUCAAGGUUCAAGGUUAAAAUGGAAUAAACAUAAGUUUUUUUAAAUUUUAUCUAAUCUUAAGUAUAUAUUUAUAAUUAUUUUGUAAGUCACACAGGCAACAAUACAAUGUCUUUAAAACACCUAAAGUACCCUUUGAAUAAUGGAAAUUUCAUGCCAGCCAUAGGGCUUGGUACUUGGUUAAUUAAAGGAGAAGAAAAUAUGUUGAACGCUAUUGAUAUUGCUUUAGAAGCUGGUUAUAGACUUUUUGAUACUGCUACUAUGUACAAUAACGAAGUGGAACUGGGCAAAGCGAUAAAAACACUUUUACCAAAGCACGGUUUGACUAGAAAAGACGUUUUCAUUACUACAAAAUUAUAUCCAUCUGAUCACGGAGAAAAAGCAUUUGAAGCGAUUAAAACUUCAUUAAAGCGACUGAACUGCGAGUACAUCGACUUGUACUUGAUACACUGGCCAGGAGCAUACGGAGUGAGUUCUAGAAGCAAAGAAAACUCAACAUUAAGAGACCUAAGCUGGCAACAAAUGGUCAAAGCAGUAAAUCUCGGUAUGGUUAAGAACAUAGGAGUUUCUAAUUACACCGUCGGCCACUUGCAGGAGUUGUUGAGCAACCAUCACGGUAUAAAACCUGUUGUGAAUCAAGUCGAAUGGCAUCCAUUCUGGCACCAAAAAGAGCUGUACAAUUAUUGCAAAAAGGAACGCAUCCAAUUGCAGGCGUAUCAGUCUUUGGGCGGUGAAAAAAAUAACGAAUUGUUAGGCAACAAGGUUGUUAAAAACGUAGCUGAGAAAUUGGGGAAAAAUCCUGGACAGGUACUAUUGAGAUGGUCGAUACAACAAAAUGUAGCCGUAAUUCCAAAAUCUAAAACGAAAGAAAGAAUAUUCGGUAAUAUGGAACUCGAUUUUCCCAUACCGGACGAUCUUAUGGCUACAUUAAAUACAAUGAACCAAACAAAGUACGAUUGGGAUCCAGAAACUAUCUUGUAAAGCAAAGUCUUUUGUAUAUAAUUUUUGCUAUCAAUCAAAAACAACGAAUUAGUCCAAGUGAUUUAUUCACUUUACAUACAGUUUUCUCGUUUCGCUUGGAUAACAAAAAAAAACCGAAUUGUACAAAAUAUUAAACAUAUAUAACAAUUACACUAUAUCUAGAGUUAUAUUCUUAUUGAGACAAUUCUCGCAGAAAUAACAAUAUAAUUCCGGACAAAAUAAUUCGCAAUAACGUCAUAGUAGCUUUAUUAAAUCACUCAAUAAUGAACAUUUCUCUAAAAUGAAUUUGGUUGUAUGGAGGCUGCAAAUUAAAAAAAAAAUAUUGAUUUGUCGAAUUCUGAUGAUUCUCUCCCAUAAGCAGAUCAGGCCAAUCAAUCUACUUGCUAAAUUUUGGCGAGAAAUUUAUUUCAGUUUUGUUUUGAUCCAUUCGUAAAAAAAUUCCUAACUUAACUGUAAUAACUUAAAUUUUUACAAACACGUUAGUAACUUGAGCUGUAAGCGAAAAAUCCUCGUACCAAAAUUUAGCAAAACCAAUCAACAGAUAACAAAAAAAAAGAUAAUAAUGAAUGUACUAAACGGGGCCUGAUUUACUACAAAUCUACAUGUCAUCAGAUGCCAUCCACGGGAUCAGCCUCGUCCGCCGAACUAAUAUCGUCACCAAAUUCAAUAUCCUCAUCGAAACCUUCCUCGACAAACGUAACGGUCUCGUUAAUUCUAACCGAUUCAGGGAACUCUCCGUAUGUCUUCAAAUUACGCGCUUCGUCCGGCGUGUAUUUCAAUAUUACAUCGGCUUUGGCGUCUUGAUAAUCUCUUAAACCUAUGAGAAUUAUAUCACCUUGAUUUAUCCAAACCUACAAAAAAUAUAUUUG